AUGAAAUUUUAUAUCCCAGCAAUGAUUCUACCUGCUUUACUUUAUUCAAUCGCUAUGCUUAUAUUGGUUUUUAUAUAUGGCGGAAAUAGCGAUGACGAAGUAAUCUGUGUUUUGGUGGCGGUAUAUAGUGGUCAGUUAAAUUCGAUCUGGGGCAUUUCGUCAACUCUUAUUAAUUUAGCAACAAUUAUACUUUAUGUAAUACUAAGCCAAGUUGUAGUGAAGGCUAAAACAAAUAAUCGUGGCAUUUAUGGGACUGGGACAUUCUGCAACAAUGGUGGUUUAUAUGUCGGCAGUGUUCUUGGAUAUUUCCAAAAUGGCGGCAUUUUAUAUGACAUGCCAUGGUGGAAUACUUAUUAA